AUGACCAUUGCCCUCCGGAAACUGGGGUACAACCCCUAUCACGGCUCGGAAUGCUUUAAGAACCCUCCCCACGACUUCAACCUCUGGAUUGAAGCCAUGGAAUGUAAUUUCCUCAACCACCCCAAACCACGAUACAACACCGAAGACUUCGACCGUUUGAUAGGAGCGUACGAUGCUGUCAUGGAUAUCCCCGCAUGUCUAUUCUGGGAAGAUCUAUCCCGCGCAUACCCCGAUGCCAAAAUCAUAUUGACAACUCGCGACGUAAAUAGUUGGUACACUUCUGCCAAUGCGACGGUGUUCAAAUUUAUGCGGAUCCCGUUCUUCCGUUUCUGGCACCGGAUGGACUCGACGGUGCUGGGCCCGCUGUUCCGGCAGUCCGAGCUGGUGUGGAAGAUCUUUUGCGGAAAUGACUAUGAGGAGUCGGUGGUGAAACAGGCGUACCUGGACCACUAUGAUCGGAUUCGGGCGGCGAUUCCGCAGGACCGGUUGUUGGAGUUUGAGACGGGGAAGAGUGGGUGGAAAGAGUUGUGCGAGUUCCUGGACGAGCCUGUUCCUGAUGAACCCUGGCCGAAGGCGUAUCCCACCGUGGAGUUCCAGCAUCACAUGGAUCUGGCGAUGGAGGAUGCUAUCCGUACCAUUGUGCGGUGGGUAGCAGUGUUUUUGCUUGUGGGUAUAUUUCCCUCGUCCACCAUGCCUCGCGACCUCUGGCUUCUGCUGGCCCUGGCGGCAUCGUCAGUGGCGGAUAUUCCCCCGUUCUAUCAAUCGCAUCCGUACGACAUAGGCGCCUUCGACAGAUGGCCUCACCAGCUAUAUCACUCCUCCAAUGCAAUUGGCCCCAUUUUGAACUAUCACAGCAAAAGCGAAGGAUGUCUUAAUGAUGACCUAUACACUGUGCUGCCAUACUGGGGGAAGCAGGUGAACAUACCCGGGUUGAUGCUUGUGGACGCAGAAGGAUAUCUUACCUGGCAUAGCACCAGAUAUGUGACGGGGGACGUACAAGCCUUCCAAGGGGAAGAUUACAUUGUGGCUCUGGCGAUGGACUCAACCUACUACGCACUGAUCAACAAUCGCUACGAAGAAGCUUAUCAGAUUCGCGUAGGAGGCGAGUGGAAUCUCGACGCGCAUGAAUUAACCUUGACGCCGGACGGAACGGCUCUCUUGGUCUUCAAUGGUGUCAUCCCCACCAAUGAAACCUCCUUCGACGCGCCCCCAGGAGUGGAUUUCCUGCUGGAAUCUGGCAUCCAGGAGAUCGACGUGCUGACGAGAGAAGUGGUCUUUGAGUGGCGGGCGUCAGAACACUUCAAGUUCGAAGAGUACUACCAUUUCCAGUCAAGCGAUGGGCGGACGGAGACGACAGCGCCGGACCUGUUUCACAUCAACAGCAUCGAGAAAGACGCACUCGGCAACUUCCUCAUCUCGUGUCGAAUGAUGAGCUCGGUCGUCUACGUAGACGGAAAGACCGGCGAUGUGAUUUGGAAACUCGGCGGCAAGGGCAACAGUUUCAAAGACCUGUCCAAUGGCGCAGCUAGCUUCAACGGCCAACACCAUGCUCGGUUCCACGACCAUCAGCGAAAGAUUUCCAUUUUCGACAAUGGGAACUGCCCCGGUCGUCCAGUGACAGGACCAACGCGCGGUAUUACACUCCUCGUCGACACAGAGAACAUGACCGUCAAUCUCGAGCAGGAAUACAUCAGUCCAAACAAGGUCUUGACCGAUAACAGCGGAUCCAUGCAAAUUUUGAACAACGGUAACGUCGUCCUCGGAUUUGGCCCGAACGCCAACUGGGCGGAAUACUCGUCGAAUGGAACACUACUCUGCAACACCCACAUGGGCCCAGAGACAUGGUUCAACAGUGGUGAAAUUCGCAGUUACCGGAUUUCCAAAAGCGCUUGGGUUGCGGAUCCCCUGACUCGGCCUGAUAUCGCCCUGGUACACGACCGGGCGUAUGUUAGUUGGAAUGGUGCCACGGAAGUAUCGGAGUGGGUUUUGAAGGGUGUUGGGGGUGAGAUCCAGAACCCAGCUGAUGCAUACGUGUUGGGUCAAUAUCCGAAACUGCACUUUGAGACGGAUAUUCCUAUUCCGGACACCUAUGCUGGAGGCUCGCUAUUUGUGAGCGCUUUGGAUCGCGAUGGGAAUAUCCUUGGGUCAUCGCGUGUUGUGCAGUGGCAGUCGACUGUUCGACCUGGGUUGAUCAGCCAGGCUUAG